CAAACAGGGCGUUCAUAAUGUGUAUGAACUGUAUGUCGGCACAUGGACGCUGAAUUCGAGUGAUGAUAUUGCUGUGAUAUGAUGGCUGUGAAUAUGGAGAGGUUUGUCAGUGAGGCUAAAGGAAAUGGUUUGCGUGCUCUGCGUGAACUCAAAGCCGGUGAGGUGAUUCAUUCAUGCGAGCCGUAUGCAUUCUGCAUAGCCAAGGAUUUCUUGAAAACUGCCUGCCAAAGCUGUCUCAAGAGAGGUGAAAGUCUGUCGAGAUGUUCUCAGUGUAAGACGGCCCGGUACUGCAGUGCUCAGUGUCAGAAGCAAGCAUGGCCCGAUCAUAAGAGGGAAUGCAAAUGCCUCAAGCGCCUCCAGCCACGGAUCCCCACCGACUCCGUCCGCCUGGUGGCGAGGAUCAUUUUCAAACUGCUCAGCCAGUCAGAAAGUGACCAAGAGGAGCUGUACUCGAUAGUCGAGCACCAGUCACUAAUCAUCAUUCUCAGCAUCUCUGCUCUAGAUUAUGUCAUGCAGACCUGCGGGCGGCAGCAGGCUGAUACGGGUCUGACUCAGAUACAUGACCUGAACCGACUGCUCCACAUAACACACCUCAAGGAAACACCACACAGACACACUCUACAGGCUCUACAGCUGCAUCACCUCUCUGAAACGCCCACUCUAUUCCUCAUCCUGACCGGACCGUAA